AUGGGUAAACAGAAGACAGUGACGACGGGAAAGCCAGCAGGACGUCCUCGUGGUGGCGCCAAAGGUGGUAGCCGUGGUGGCGGCCGACCGAAAGGCAGAGCCUCGAAGUCAGCGACACCGGCGCCAGAAGCUGAAUCCGAUAGACCGGGACCCAAGCUACUGUUGAAGCCGUCGGUGGGAAGAUCGGAUAGCCCAGCGCAGCAGCGCCAUGCGACACCUAGAUAUGGCGCGAGCGAAGAUCAAGACGACGACCUUCCUCAGCAAUCCGUAGAGGCAGCGCCGGUCACGACUCGCACUGGACGAGCGAUCCAAAAGCCAAACCAGUACGACGCCGCUCAGGGUAGCGAGAUCGAUGCAUUCAUUGAUCAGGCCGAGGAAGAUGCUAGAGACGAUGGCAGAGGAUCCAUCGAGACUGAUCCAUCAUACACCACACACAAGGCACAGGAGCAGAUGAAGCAGCCACCAAAGACACCAAAGCCAAGAGGUCGUCCACCCAAGAGCUACAAGCCGUCUGGCGCUGCCGCUAGCAAAUCAGACGAACAAGACAGGGCGGAUGCAUCGUCUGCAGAACCUCCCCCAUUCAUAGCAGACCGACAUGUGUACUCCAUUCUGAGUAACCUCAAGAGCAACGCCAAGAUCCACCUCGACCUUCCCGGCCUCACCGAUGCCGCCAACCCAUAUCAGGCCCUACCCUACAGCGCCAAUACCCUUACCCAACUUUACAUUGUCUGCUACCAAGAGAAGCUCUGGGAUCUCUGCGACAUGGUUGCCGACACAUGGAUCCGCAUAUUCCACGAUAAGCGCAAAAAGGCAGAAGAAGACAAGGAAAAGGACGGAGAAAAGGAAGAGAAACAGGAGGAAAUCUGGCUCCCGAACCGAGCGCUCAAUCGGCGCAAGCGAGUCGCACAACAGGCGUGGCGGAAGGGCAAGAACAUCCCAGCGGAGUUUGAUCAGUUUCCUAGAGACUACGACUUGGAGGUCACGGACCCUGAACUUGACAAAGAUGUUACGUCAGUCCAUACUGACCUCCUCAACUUGCUUUACACGUAUACAUCACCUAGGUGUGGAGCGAGACUGCUUUGGGCUGAUGCACUCGCCCUGAGCGGCGAUAAGACCGAGCGCAUCAUCGGGAAAGUCACGCGCAAGGGCUUCCAUCUACACCCCGAGCUCCUCUUCGACAUCAUGCAAACAAGUCUGCGCAUGGUCCGACGCAACCUCACACUGAAGAUCGAAGAGAGCACUGAGGGCGCAUGGUGCAAGCGAUACCAUGAGCAUGUCAAGAACGGCAACGUUUGCUACCGACAGCGCGCGUCAAGGGUUGACGAGGGCCUAGAGAUGGCAAUAGAGAAGUCUAGGAAUAGGGAAGAGGUUGAAGGGGAGGGUGAAGCUGACGAUGUGGAUUUGAUAGAGGAGUUGGAGGCGGCACUGUGGGCGCAGGAGCAGGAAGAUACUCCUAGGGUUGAGAAGAGAGGGCGCGAGGAUGGUGGUGAGGUUAGUCCGAGUAAGCGGGCUAGGUUUGUGGGGGAGGAAGAAGAUGCUGAGGGGGACUCUGAGGAGGAUUGA